AGCCGUUUGAAUCGUUCGCGACGUUGAACUGGCCGGUUGCGGCUACACGCGCGGCCGUAGUGUACCGCUUCGAGUUUUAUUUUCUUUGGUUUUAUUGAUACCAUUUUCCCUUCCCCCCGUGGGUAGUCCUAAACAUUACAAUCUCACCAGCAUUGUGUAUCCUUCCACAUCCCUCCAAAACAAAAACUACAUCCCAGAACUUUCCUCACUUCAUCACACUUUUAUCGAAACGAAACGAAAACACCAUCGUCCCCAGUGCGCGUGCCCUGCCGUCCGUUGGUCGUGCCGGUUAUGUCGUGUGGCCGCGUAGCACCGAACUGCUAUGGCCGAAGACUUGGCUGAUCAAAUUGACGACUAUAUCUGUGUAUUUGAAGGAGCCGGUGACCUCACGAUGGAUACGUUCGUAAUGCUACUGUUUGCGCUGAUUGUGGUAGUGAUUUCGCUCGUGUUUGCGACCAAACUGAUCUACGACAAGUACGUACUGAAGAAGGGUGCUACGGCGACCGGUGGGACGGCUGACGGUGUCGGUACUGCUGCCACCGUGCCGGCCGGUACUGCGACACCGCUCGUGUCCGCCGGUGUGACUGCUGGGACGCGCGUCUCCGAACCGAAGGAGGUGCUCAGCAAGAAGGAGGCCAUUCUGUCCCAAGUUCGUAAUGGAGGCAGCGGUGGCAUGGGCGGUGGCGGCGGUGGUGCCAGAGGUGGUGGCGGCUUCGGUGGAGGAGCGAUGGGUGCCGCCAGCGGUCCCACGAUCGCUCGCAAACGCAUUUCCCGCAUGAGUCCCGGUCCCGAGGCGCAAAAGAAGCGUCCGGUGAUACCACCUUCCAACAUUAAUGGCACUGAUCCGCAAAUCACGCAAUGGGCAAUCCAUCUGUUCCGCUGGCUGUACUCCGACCUGGUGGUGGUGAACAAGCUGCUCCAGGAUUGGGUGGCCACCGUCAACACGGCACUGCUGACGCACGUCGAGCAGCACGAAAUGAUUGUGGAGGUGGUGCGCGUCCUGCCGGAAAGUUUGCCCCCCAACAUGUCGAGCAUACUGUGCGAACCGACCGAUCAACCGAACGAGGUCGAGCUGCUGUUCGACGUCGACGCUACGCCCGUGCUGCAGAUCAAGGCAUUCAAGUCGAGCAAUCAAAAGACGGAGGUGUCCCACUACAAGGCGACGGUGGCCCGGCUGAAGUCACGCGUCAGCGUUAUCGUGAACUAUUUCGCACUGAAGGGAGAGAUGAAGCUGGAAGGAUAUCCUGAUAUCAAGAUCCAUCUGAACAGCAUUGGACCGCUGAAGACCGCUAACGCACAGGACGAGAAGAAGCAGAUCGAUCUCAUUACGGAGCUGCUGAUUGGUUCGAUGCGUGAUGUGGUGUACCCAGUUGACUUCUCCAUCUACUCCACCUGUCCGCGAAUAAUGGGCGAAGAGUCGGAGGAAGUCACCUCGGACUAUGGCUACGGUGGUUACAGUGAUGGAUAUCGUGGCUAUCAGGAUGAUGCGUACGGUACCGGACUGUCGGCAUCCCCAAGGAAACUACUAGUCAAAGUGGUGAAGGCAGAAGGACUGUUGAAGUGCUCACAGCCUUUCUGUGUGAUCGAGAUGGACGAACCGGCCCAAAAGCACCAGUCCGCCUCCAAGCUUGGCCAAAGCCCGUACUGGGAUGAAACCUUCCUGUUUGAUCUGUCGAACCACUCUACCGAACUCCUGUUCGAGGUGUACGAUACUGUAGCAGUAGCUGGAGGGCAAAAGUUCCUUGGACUGGGUCUGGUAGGAAUCGACGAACUGGCCAGUGGUCCAGCCACAACACAAAUCCUGGAAUUGCAACCGCGACCCUACGAAACGGAAACCAUUACCGGUUCCUUAACGGUUGAGUUUGUCUUCAUCGAUUCACCACCGGUCCCGGCAGCCCGAAGACAGUACAACCAGCAGUCCUUCCACGCGAACGGAAUGUCCAACUUUGCCCGAGAUGCCGUCACGAGUACGCCCGGUCCGGGAAGUCCGGGCAAAACCGCAGCUAACCAGGCGAUGGUCAACGGGUCGCAGAGUAGCUCCCCGAUGUCACCUUCCUCACCGUCCAAGCAGCUGUCGAACAAGGCGCAGGCGAUGGCAGAGCGUAACCAACGGUUCCAGGCAGCCGAAGCUAACCGGAUGAACAAUUCCUUCCUCAAGCCGACCGCAACCGGUCAGCUGAACUCUCUCAACGGCAUGGGCAAAUCUGAAUCCACACCGGCCUCGCCGGCCCUCUCCUCCACCUCUGCCACCUCCCAGUCCAUGACGGCCAGCCUGAGCAACAGUGCGCCGGUGAGCGUCAACUCGGCGCCACCCGUCAAGAAGCCGCGCAACAUCUUCGGCACGCUGCGCAACAAGCUGACGCCCUCGAAGAAGUCGAAAUCGCUGGACGUGCCGCAGUACAGCCCGACCACGCCCGGAGGUAACGUGCGGAGCGCAUCGUCAACGCUCAGUCGAGGAUCAUCGAUCGAUCAAAGAUCAAACAUUUUCCGCAACCUGUCACGCAAGUCGUCCAUCUCGGAGUCGUCCGCCAUCUCGGGCCUGUCGACGGGCAGCGGGCGAACGUACGUGCACGAGGAGUCGACGCUGCUGCUCGAAACGACCGAGAACAACGUGGUGCGCCACUAUCUGGUGCCGCUCGAGGUGGCCACCAAGCAGAAGAACUGGAAGCGCAAGGGUACCAAGCUGCACAUCUACAACGAUCACACGUUCGUUGCGAAACACAUCCCAGGUGGCAUCCUGUGCUUUGUCUGCAACCGCAGCAUACCGAGGCGCCCGGGCAAGCAGGGCUACGAGUGUCGGGACUGUGCGAUCCAGUGCCACAAGCCGUGCCACGUGCGGGCUCCCCAGGCCUGUCCGAACCCGAAAAUACUGUCCAUGCAGCUGUCUUCACUACCCGUACUUAGAGAUUAGUGUGGGGGCCGGCACACCAACAACCGAUGAACCGAAAAACAGAACCCUCCUCCCCCCUUUGCUGCGUACGCUCUUGCCGUUUUGUUGUGUACCACACACCUUGUUACUCGCGGGUCGCUCUCUGCAUCACUCUUUCCCCAAAUGUGUCGAAAUCGAUCGAACAUUUUGGCUUCUUAUGGUCUUUAUCUUUUUGUUAAAUGUUCUAAAAGGAAAUAGUUUUGAGGGCUUCCUUUAGUAGAAUUAAAUGAAAAAUAAGCCAAAACAGUCGUAGAGAGUAACUGCUUCAGAAAGCUUCCUUCCCGUACAUCCCCCCGCAUUGCAACUUUCCAACAAAUCUGCAAACCGUUUCUUUGCGAUGGCCCUGGACACACUAAGGACACACCAGUUUCCCCCAAAAGAGACCCUCCCCGGGGAACGGACAACAAAGAACUCUCUGCCAAAGGAGCAUUUAUACAGAGAAAACAACUACUAUCACUACCACUAAUAGAUCGGCUAAAGGACGCUAAACGGCGAGUGGAAAAGAAAAGCAAAAGCGGCGAAGAAAGUGAAAGGAACAAAAAGCACACAACAAGUUAGGAUAAGCAAAAGUGUAUCAUUCGGGUAAUGAAAUGAAUCAACGCAAACAAAAACAAACGAAAAAAACGGGAUACAAAAAUGGGAAAAUCUUAGCUGCUGCUUAUUUUUGCUACAACGUAUUUCAUUAAUCAAAACAUCCAGCAAAAAAAAGUGUAAAAAUUGCUAAAACUCUAAAACAUAUUAAAAAGAAGAAACCAAUCCUCUCGAACGCUACAGCGCUUUCUACGACGAACUCUAUAUGAAAACGAUCUUUCGAAAACAAAAAGCAAACGGUAUAACAGAAUAUAACGAUAGACAUGUUGCGUUGCGAACCGUUUGAAUGCACCUGUGUUUGUGCCCGCGCAACAAGCUUUUGCUCGCGCAGCAAAUUCGUCUUUCUCGCACACUGUGUUUCAAAACAUUAGCUCUCUUUUUCUCACGCUUUCUUCUAAACCUUUCACCCCUCUACUGCUCUUUGUAACGUUUCUCUCGUGUUAAAAGAAUACAUUUUCUAUAAUAUAGUCAACAACAAAAAAAGGUUAACAUUGUACAGUACAGGAUGAGGGUGAGGGACGACGCGCGUACAACUAUGUUCGAUUUAGUAUAGCAGCAUGUGUUUAGAAGGAAAACAGUGCCUAAUGGAUAAUGGGUUACAGCGAGGAUCUGAGCGUAUUAGUCAUUACAAUGUAAGAACAACCCGUGGGCGCCAGGGAAUGGUAGAAGGUCCCGACAAAACUGGCCAGCAUAAGUGGAAUUCACAUUAAUUUAUAUCUAACACUAGGGGCAGCAGUACAGCGUAUCUGAAAUGGUAGGGUAGAGAUUGAAAUUUUCUAUUCGUUUCGUUCGACAAAGCAGAAACCAUGCUAAUAAAUACCUCUCUCUCUCUCUCGAAUCUGUAAACAGUGUGACCAAAAACCGUGAUUACAAUCAGCAAACAACAGUGCAGUAGGAACCGAUUGAACGAUUUUUUGUUUGCAAACGAUAAAACGAAUCAAGGCUUUAAGUGCAUCAAAUGCAGCUGAAUCAAAAUAUUGACCGUUAGAUAGGUCCGUUUAGUUUGUCACUUUGUUAACACGCUUCCGCCGAUCCCGUCACAGAGCACAACAACACAGUUUCGUUUUUUUGUAGAUGUUUCUGUUACUGCGAUGUUUUGUAUUGUGUACGAUUAUGUUGCUUUUAAUGCGUUUAUACUAAUGACUAUUGUUAUGCCCGUUACGAAUCUGAUUGGUGAGAUGAUCACGUUGUGUUGAAAGGUAAUGAAACGUUAAUUUAACAAACAAAAAAAGCCCCGAAUAAAGUCAGUUAAAGGUGAAAGUGUCAAUGAAUAAACGUUAAUAUUGUUUAAAAUGA